CACGAAUUGGGCUGGGCCGUUCGUGUUCAACAAAAUCCCUAGUGUCCUACAUCAAUCGAAUAAAUAGCUUCCAAUACAAUCAAAAAGUAAUUAGAGAAUGCCGAAGUCGUGACGAUUUGUUCUAAAAAACCCUUUCAUGAAAAGCAUAAUCAAUCAUAAUCAUUAUCAACCGUAAUUGACUUUUCAACGGAACCAUUACCGAUUCUUCCUCCAUUCAAUCGUUUAAAAAAUGUUUGUCAACGAACACACUCUCAUUCUCAAACGCUACAUCGAUUUCGGUCAGUUUUUCGGCCUAGCGCCAAUUUCUAUCCUACCAUUUUCCACGAAUUUCACCAAAUCGACGGUAAAGUUUGCAAUGUCGUUGGUGUAUCUGUUACUACAAAUCGGACAUGUAAUUUUCCAUAUAAUGAAAACGUACGACCACAUCCAACUGACUAAGAUGAGCAACAUAAUUCAUUACGUAUGGAUGUUCAACUGCCUGUUAACUAACGUUUUUGUCACCACUCAUUCAUUAAUCGUUGCCAAUCACCUGGUGGCAUACAUUAACCAACUCGAGAGCAUCAAUCAAGAGAUCCAAUCGGAUCUGCAAACUGCCGUGAAUUGCCAGCGACAGCAUCGAAAACAUUCACUGAUCAUGAUCUUUGUGACAGCAACGUCCUUCGUGUCAACAUGGAUGUUUUACGGACUCGUCGCCUUCUUUUACCCUCAACUGACAUCACUGUUUUCCUUCAUAUUCAUUCCAACUGCUUUCAUGUCCAUACGCGUCUUUCAAAUAAUUCACUCCAUCGAAUUGCUAAACGACCAUUUGGACAUUAUUAACGGCUUACUAAGGAGCAUCGAUCGGAUUCCGGAAGAUAAUAGGAAGAGGACUCUUAUUGUUUUACGACACCUGUACGGACGGUGCUGGAAUGCUAUGCAGCUAUUUAAUGCAUGCUUUGGAUUUUCCAAUUUGAUGCUAUUGCUGUUCUAUUCGUACGAUGUGCUGCAUGGGAUAUAUGUCCUAUUUUUGAACAUGCAUGGAUUGAGACCCGAUCUUGCAAUUCUAUUCGGCGUUUCAUUUCUACCAUCAGCCGUAAACUUGUUUGCUAUCACAAAUGCAGCAGAACGUUGUCGAAAUAAGGCUAAAGAAACUGGCGUUUGCUUGGGGAACAUCUGGAAUAUGCCGUGGUGUCAUACUGACCUGAAACGUUUUUCCGUUCAAGUGAUUCAUCAGCAAUUUCUCACGACUGCAUGUGGUUUCUUUGUCGUCGACUUUAAAUCUCUUGCUGGUCUUGUUGUCGGUUUUUCCAAUUUGCUUCUACUGUUUCUACAAUUCGAGGUCAGCGAGAAAGCGGCGACAAAUUAAUUGACACCCAAGCGAU